UGAGUUGAGUUGUAACUCUUUAAAUUUUAAGCUUCCCAAAAGCAAAAUUUAAAGCUAGCUUAAAGUAGGUAGAGUCUCUAACCUCUAGUUCCCUUCCUUCUGAUGGCUGCAACAACAUUUGGUGAAGAACCCUACAAAGCUCUAAAAUGCCAGACAUGGGUCCUGAAGGUAUCUAUCCACUGCCAAGGUUGCAAAAGAAAGGUCAAGAAAGUUCUGCAAGGGAUCGAUGGUGUUUAUACAGCAACAGUAGAUUCACAGCAACAAAGAGUCACAGUUACAGGCAACAUCGAAGUUGAGACCUUGAUCAAGAAACUCAUCAAAACAGGAAAGCAUGCACAGAUUUGGCCUGAAAAACUCUCCUUAUCAGAGGAAAAAGAAUCAGCCAAAGCAAAGGACAUGCACAAGCAAAAGGACGCAAACAAAGGCCACGAUUUCAAUGGUAAUGGAAGGAAAAAAUCUGUUAAAUUUAGUGAAGAUGGAAUGACUGAAAAGACAAAAGAUGUCGUGAAGUCACUGGAAAAUGCUAUCGAGGAUAUGGAAUUGCCGAUGGUGAAGAACACUGCUGGUGAAAAUGAGGGUGGGGGUGGUGGUGGGGUUGCCAAAAGUGAAGGCAAAAAGAAGAAAAAGAAGGGGCAAAAAGGUGAUAAUGGCAACAACGAUGCAGGUUCAGGUUCAUCGUCUUCUGGUGCAGCUGCAGGUACUGGAUGUGAAACUCCGGGGGUAGGAAUGGAUCAACUAGUGGGCCCGAGUAAUCUCAGCCCUACAUGUCAUGAAUCGGUUCCCUUCCCACAAGGGUUCAUCAUUCCUCCGGUAUACGCAUCAAGUUACAGUAUGGCAUACCCUAGGGAAAGUCCUGGUCCUUUCUAUUAUGUUCCACUGUAUGCACAUCCAAGUAGAUAUAAUCAAAUGAACCCACUGGACUCUUUCUACUAUUUCAGUGAUGAAAACAUUAAUGGGUGUUUCAUCAUGUGAUAAAUCAGAUGUUCAGAGGAAGAGAAGGGCAAUUUUGCACUUGAAUGGGAGGGUUUUGGGUUUUUAUGUGGGGUUAUAUAUAUAUAUAUAUAUAUAUAUAUAUAUAUAUAUAUAUAUGGCUUCUUUUUGAGGUGCAAGUGGUGAGCUUGUGCUUGUUCUUAAUGCUCUAGAUAAUGUAUGUGUUGUAUGGACGUGGAGUAAAUAUAAAAGUUUCCCAUAA